AUGACGGCGCCAGGGCGGCCGCUGCGAGCGCCGCGGGUCCGGGCGGCUCUGAGCCGCCGGCGUUUCCCAGCGCGGCCGCCCGAGGCCGGCGAAGCCAUGGGCGCCGGGACCCCGCCGCCGCCGCCGCCCCCGCCCCAGGUAGGGACCGUCUCCUGCCCCGCGCUCCCCGCGGCGCCACGGGCCGCACCGGAGACUGACUUCCGCGGAGCUCGGCUUUGUGGUUUAAUUGCCCCCACUUCGCUCGCCGGGCAGUUUUACGUCUUUAUUUCCUUUUGCCACGAGGAAAAAAGUAGUAAAUUAGAUUUUGUGGUUAUAAAACUGAAUAAGCCACAGUACCAGCCAGAGAGACAGACAUCUGUGUUACUGACCACGAGACCAAGGGAUAGAGUCUGCGUAAGAGUCAGCACAGAUGCUUCCACUGGACUUGGGGACCAGGGUUCACAAAGUUCCACAGAGCAGAUCACAGUGGGCCUUAAACCUGGGAGGCAGAAUUUCACUCACCUUGAAAAGAUGGGGUGCAGGUGCUGUAAAAUGAUACAAAGCUAUCUCUUCGAUCCGGUUCACGUGCCCUCCCCUGGUUACGUUAACGAAGUAAACAGCUGCAAGUUAGAUGAAGAGGACACUCUUAAAUUGAAAGACAGACAGGGCAGCGAAAUCCUGGUGCACAAGGGUGACCCUCCGAACGAGGGCUCCAAGAGAACUGCAAGCGGGAGCGGAACAGCCGCUCCGCAGGAGCCCUGCGGGCCGCCCCGAGGACCACUCCUCUUGGGGGAUGCGGUGGGGGGACCGUGUGCCGAGAAGACUGGCGGGGCCAUCAAUGGCCUCGGCCCCGCUGCUGUCCUGCCGCUCACCGGUGAGCCGGGGCCCCCUCAGGGGGACAGGGACUCCUGGGCCAGUGCUGCAAACAAAGGUCACCCGACCCAGCCCUUCCUUGAAGGAGGGAGUGCCAGGGAGCUGGACUGCAUGCAGCUAGCCUCGGGAGAGAAGCAGGUCAUCGGGAAUGGGGGCUCCGGCGCGCCAUCCAUGGCCGGGUUUGCUGCUUGGGAAGUCCCAGCCCAUGUCCUCCAGACACCCACCCCGGACUACCCUCAGCUUUGGGGCUCAGCUGAAGACAACGCUGAUCACGUUGAUCACCAAGAGAAGGGCCGUCUUUUCAAGAUCCACUCUGAGAAGGAGCCCCAGGAGGGUGAUCACGCCCCGGCAGGGGAGUGUGGUGUGAAUAUGCCCUUCUCCGUAAAGAGAAGCUGGGAUUCAUUAAACGAGGCCGUGACAACCGAACUCCCAAGUGUCUGCUUUGACAAAGACGAUCCUGCUCAGGACGUGCCUGUGGUCGAUUCGAGAAACGGGUGGGAGGAGGCCCCUGGCUCCGCCGGAGACGGGAGCUGGGAGACGGCGGAUGAGGACGCGGAGGUGGCCGAAGCCCUCGCGGCCUUAGAAGCAGCUACUGCUGGGGAAGAGGUGGAUGAAGCUGAGUAG